GGCGCUUUGCGACCACAGCUCUCCGUCCCUGUUCCAUCUACCUACCUUACCUUAUCCCGACCACGUCACCUCGCCCAGCAGCGGUCAGUCUGCGCUCCACGAAACACUCGGUGCCAGUUGCAUGGAGAUCUGAAAAUGGCUCCUCGAGCUGGCUUCAAUACGGACCAGAUAAAGGACAAAGCGCGCAAGGACCUCCUUUACCUGCUCGAGGCUGUCCGCGGAAAGAAGAACCUCAUUCUUGAGCGCAGCUUAGCGGGCCCGAUCAGUACCAUCGUCAAAGUCGCUACUCUCCAGGAAUACGGCGUAGACAAGUUCUUCUUCCUCGAGAACAAGAACGCCGACACCAGCCAGCGAAAUGUCAUCUUCAUAGCCCGCGGCGAGUGUGCUCGCCAUGCGUCAGCCAUAGCAGAGCAGGUCCGUCGCUUACAGCGAGAGAGCCAGACUGGCCAUGAAUUCCACAUCUUCUGGGUGCCCCGACGGACACUCGUCUCCGACAAGUUGCUCGAGGAGGCCGGCGUCUUGGGCGAUGUGAACAUCUCUGAACUGCCUUUAUACUUCUUUCCACUUGAGAAGGAUCUUCUUUCCCUCGAGCUAGAUGAAUCUUUCCGCGACCUGUAUCUCUCGAAAGACGUCACACCGUCCUUCCUACUCGCCAAGGCUCUGAUGGAGAUCCAACAGAACCACGGCUUGUUUCCCCGAAUCAUCGGCAAAGGCGACAACGCAAAACGAGUUGCCGAGCUUCUGGCACGAAUGCGACAAGAGAUGCUUGCGGGCGAGGAUACGAACGAGACGAAUCGAGGUGGCCUGACGCCAAGCACACUGACCGAAAGUGUCAUAAUAAUCGACCGCGAAGUGGACUUCGUCACUCCCUUGUUAACUCAAUUGACCUACGAGGGACUCAUUGACGAAGUGUUCGGCAUCCAGAACAACCAAGCCGAAGUUGACACAACAGUUGUUGGGGCCCCUUCUCAAUCCUCAGCGACGAGCGCGCAAGCCAGGAAACGCAAAAUUCAACUAGAUUCCUCUGACAAACUAUAUGAACAACUUCGCGACACAAAUUUCGCCAUUGUCGGCAGCUUGCUGAACAAAGUCGCCCGCCGACUUCAGAAUUUACAGAAGGAUUACGAAGGACGAAACAGCCACAAAUCCAUCGCUGAGCUCAAGGAUUUUGUCAGUAAGCUGCCCGGAUAUCAAGCGGAGCAGCAAAGUCUACGCAUACAUACAGGCUUGGCAGAGGAGGUCAUGAAGUACACACGGACGGACCAGUUCAAAGGUCUCUUGGAAGCUCAGCAGAAUCUGGCUGCUGGCGCGGACCCUUCCUCACAAUUCGAAGCCAUCGAGGAAUUGAUUGCCCGCGACACACCGUUACCGGAAGUGCUGAGGCUGCUUUGCAUUUACUCAUGCAUAUCAGGCGGCAUAAAACCGAAGGAAUUCGACCAGUUUCGACGACUUAUCCUCGAGGGCUACGGCUAUCAGCACAUCCUCACUCUCAAUAACCUCGAGAAGCUUCAAUUGUUCUUGUCGCGCUCUUCUCCGUUGGCAGAAAUGAUCCCGAUGACUGGCUCUGGUGGCAACACAACAGGGACCAAGACGAACUACACAUAUCUCCGCAAACUUCUGCGUCUCAUCGUCGAUGAAGUUCAGGAAGAUGAUCCAAACGAUAUCGCCUAUGUAUACAGCGGGUAUGCGCCACUGUCGAUUCGUCUUGUGCAAUGUGUGCUCCAAAAGCAGUAUCUGCUCAAGGUCACCAGAGGCAAUGGUGUGAGUGGUGCGACAGGAGCAUCCGCAGCACAGGGUUGGCACGGGUUCGACGAGGCUGUAAAGCACGUCCGCGGGCAGACAUUCUACGAGCUCCAAAAGGGCGAGGAGAAGGCCGUCAAAGCUCGAGCAUUGCUUUCGGGAGGCACGGAGAAGCAAACGGUAUUUGUGGUGUUUGUCGGAGGCAUAACAUUCACCGAGAUCGCUGCUUUGCGCUUCAUUGCAAAGCAGGAAGAAGCUCGGAGAAACAUCGUCAUCUGCACGACAUCGAUCAUCAGCGGCGACCGAAUGAUGGAUGCGGCAAUUGAGAAGGAUUCGUUUGCAAGAGAUAACGUCAAGCCGGUGAGCCCAACUGCAUGAGAAAGGGCGCAGGGUCUGUGGUGGAAGACUGGUAGAGCUGAGAGACAGGGACGCCGUAUUCGGCAUGUGAAAGAUACGACCAACAUACAGAUAAUGAGCUUCUCGUGGAGAAGUGUUUUCCAACUAGAAGCAAUCCUCAUUGCUCGUCGUGAAUAGUGGAUGUUGCUAACCAGCAGUUUUGCCUCCGAGUCAGUGCCUUCCUGCAGUCCAGUGGUGUUGCCGGUUUUGGCUCGGGCCUGCAGUCAGCCCUUGCAGCACUGUGUCGGGUCGGGUGGCUUGCGAGUGACGGGAGCAAAUGCCCAUCACGUGACCCACCUUUUUGUCUCGAACGCUGGAGCUCCUCAUGUCCAAUGCCGAACCUAGCGAUUUCAACGGGU